CACACACAGUGUAUAUAAAUGCUCGGAUUGUGUUCACUGCUGAACUCCACUCUAACAGCAGUUCAGUUGCUGUGACAGGCUGGGACUUUGCCCUGCCAGGAUGGGGUCAUGAUGAUAACAGUGUGCUCUCCUCAGUCCUGGCCAUUGCACACAAACUGUGUAAAGACAGCCUGCCUCCCACCCCUCUCCGCUCCACACUCUUGCUUGGUACAGUGAAAGGACCAGAAAGGCAGAACAGAUUGAUGUGCAGCAAUUCAAAUCACUUUACCAACAAGCAUGUUCGCCAGCUAUUUGAGGAGAUGGCCUGGGACACUUAGAGUCAGCGAAGGGUCUCUCGAAACAGUCGCUCCCCAGCGCUCUGUUUACAAUCUGCAGAACUAACGAUGCUCGCAUCGCUAGGCUGUAUUAAAACUCCUUUAUUUAUGUUUUCCCACGUUAUCCUUCAACAGGCAGCCAGUUCUUUCGCAUGAACAAAACACACUGACCAGAUCCCCCACAGUCACUCUGCCUCCUGCAGCCGCACCUGGUACUGGCUUCCGAGCGCGGGACUGGCUGCAGUCUGGUUGGUUAAUGACAGGGAAGAAGGUGUGACUGCGGAAGUGCACGAAAGCAAGGCUCUUAAACAGAGAUUCCUUUAACCUACUUCAGUACAAUAUUCUGAAACUGAACGCUGCCCGAAUGAGAGAGUGGGAGGAGUCAGAACUCAGCAUGGCUGCCAACAGCUACAUUGCAGUGCCUGAGGGGUACUGUGCGUCGGAGCCAUUGCAGUAUUAUGAUGUCCUAUCAGACCACCUGAGCUACCCUCUACAGGAGGCAGAUCACCAGCUCUCCCAAUUCAGCCAGUAUACCGGGAUGCAGUUCUCGCCCAUGCUGCAGGGGGCGCCCUCCUCUCCGUCCUGCUACUCCCCCUACCCGUACUGCUUGCAGUACCCCGAGGGGCAGUACCAGCUGGGGGUGUGUGAGCUGGGCAAACCCUCCUACACGCUGCCCACUGAGCUGGACCCCAGCGGGGUGCCCGUCCUCCCUGGCAUGGCUGGCAUCCCCACUCUGAAGCGUCCUCGCCUGGGACUCCGAGGGCAGGAGGAGCUGUGUGUGGUGUGCGGGGACAAGGCCUCGGGGUACCACUACAACGCACUCACCUGCGAGGGCUGUAAAGGGUUCUUCCGACGGAGCAUCACAAAGAAGGCGGUGUACCAGUGCAAGAGCGGCGGGCACUGCGAGAUGGACAUGUACAUGCGCCGGAAGUGCCAGGAGUGCCGUCUGAACAAGUGCAGAGCAGUGGGCAUGCUGGCAGAGUGUCUACUGACGGAGGUCCAGUGCAAAUCCAAACGACUCCGCAAGAACGCCAAGCAGGGCCUGGACUUCCUGUGCAGCAUCAAGCUGGAGGAAGAGGGGCCAGAGAGCAAGCAGGUCUCCUCCACAACCCGACAGCCUGCCCAGCUUCAGAAAACAUUGAUGAUGGAGCGUGUGGAGCUGACCUCUCAGGAGCAGCAGCUGUUGGAUUAUAUUGUGGAGGCUCAUCGCAGGUACCGAGCGCCACAGGAGGCCCCCCGAAAAAGUCAGCGAGGCGAGACGGCUGACCCUGGUCUGGGAGCCCUGAGGCUGUCCGGUGCAGCAGCACUGCAUGCGCAGGAACUGCUGGAGUUCACUAAGAGCCUGCCUGGGUUCCAGCAGCUGCACCACGAUGAUCAGUCUGCUCUGCUCAGAGGCUCUGUUGUGGAAGCCAUGUUCCUGCACUCGGCCCAGCUGCACAACGAGAGCGCUGGAGAGGGGGCGGGUGCAGAUGCUGUCGGGCUGCCCUGGUUUGUUGGAUAUGGGACGAGUCUUGAUGGGAAGCCAGUAUACUCACCAAACCCUGAGCAAGACACCUCAACACAUCCUCCCACUGCUACUGGAGACGAUGCGCUCCGGCCAGUGUAUCACUUCUACAGGAGCCUGAGGGACCUGAACCUGACGGAGCAGGAGUACGCGCUCCUUGCUGCCAUGGUGCUGCUCUCCUCUGACCGCCCGUUCCUGAAGAGCCGGGAGCAGGUGGAGAGACUGCAGGAGCCGCUGCUGGAGCUCCUGUACAAGUUCUCCAAGCUCCGGCACCCCGGGGAUCCCCAGCACUUCGCUCGUCUGCUGGGCCGGCUGACGGAGCUCCGCACGCUUGGCCACCACCACAGCGGCGUGCUGAGCGCACUGCGCGGGAAAGACCAGGCACUGCCACCACCACUCUGCGAGACCUGGGAGCGGCAGUGACGGGGGCAGGACCCCCCCGCCCGCAGCCUGCCCCCCCUCACCCUCACACUGUUUGAAAUGGACCCAGAGUAGCUGGUUGGAAACGGGUCUCUCCACUUCGGUUUGACGGAGGAAGAAGCGUCGACGUGAAAAUGGCCACGUCUGCCGAUUGUUUCAUUUUCAAACAGUCUGAAUAUGCCUGGAUACGAGUUAGUCUGGCGCUAGGCGACAGCAGACCCAAACCUCCGGUGAACAGAAAUGCCAUGUCUUUACAAGACAGUGAAAGUCUGUAACUAGGAGAAGUGCCGGCCGCACUGGUGAUGUGAAGACAUCAGUACUGUCUAGAGGAAAUGGACUUGUCCAAAUGGGUCUCAUGAAAUGUGUGCGGGGAACCUUACCAGCAUCACUACAACUCAGAUCUGCUUAAUAAUAAUAAUAAUAAUAAUAAUAAUAAUAAUAAUAAUAAUAAUAAUAAUAAUAAUACCAAAGCAAGCAGAAAUAGGAAUACACUAAACCUUCUGAAUUUGCAUCAUAUUUAUUUUUGUAAAUUUACAUAUCCCAAUUGAUGUGUUCAGGGAUUGAAGUAAGACUCCUGUUGCACAGCAGUUUCCCGAAUGCCAGGUUUCACAUAGAGCUUGAUUAGCCACAAUGUGUAGCUAACGAGCUCAGGUGGGUCUUAUUAAACUCACAGUGAAACCAGGAAUGGAUCACGCUGCUAUGCAAUGGGAGUCUAAUACAGUCCAUCCCUGGUGAUGUCAUUGAUCCCCAGCGUCUUUCACCCAGUCUGCCUACCGCUGAAGCACAAGCCUGCGAGCACAUCUUUGCUGCAAAGCGCAUCGCCCGUCAUCUUAUUAUAUUACAAGACGUGGCAUUUUAAACGGGCUCACAGCUCAUCGCUGCGGGUCUGCUGUUCCAGUAUCGAGCUAGCCCCCCUCCAAAGCUGUCUUUGCCCGUAGCUGGGACCACAAGCCUUACCCAUUCCAUGCCACACAUGUGAUCAUGUGCCCUUUAACUCUGCCAGCCCCAGAAACGAGCCGAUUCUGUUUGAGCAAGUACAGGAAUGGUCUUUUAUAGAGUGUUUCCUUUUGUAUAAAUGAGAACAUCGUGCCUCUAGUCUGUGUGUAUGAAUGCUAUUGUGCGUAUUAUUAUUAUAUAAUAACAUCCUGUAAACGCUUCAGAUGUACUGUGUGUUGUUAUUGUUGCAGUGCUCAAUAAACAUGUCCGCUAAGUUUU